UCUUUCCAAAUCCGUCCUUUAUCUUGUAUAUCUCUUCGUCAAUAUACAGCAAUAGCAACAACAACAACAACAGCCUUAAGACAUUCAUCCAACAUCUUAUAUACAUGGGUCGGUUAUUAACAUCCAUUCAUGCAGAUUUACCUAGACUAAAGCAAUCAUUUGAUAACCAUGUCUAAACUUUUUAUCGGCGGGCUUGCAUGGCACACGGAAGACGCAACCCUGAGACAGAAAUUUGAAGAGUAUGGCCCCGUAGAGGAAGCGGUUGUCGUAAAAGAUCGUGACACCGGCCGUAGCCGAGGAUUUGGAUUUGUACGAUACGUCAAUGAGGCCGAUGCCCAAAAAGCCAUUGCUGGCAUGAACAACAUUGAAUUCGAUGGACGGUCCAUCCGUGUCGACAGGGCUUCUGAUACCGGGCCCCGAGGUGGCGGCGGCGGUGGUGGACGGGGUGGCGGAUAUGCGGCAAGGGGGAAUUACCCACAACCUCAAAUGCCAUACGCUGCCGGCCAGCCCGUUCCGUAUGGGAUGCCUAAUGCCGUGAUGUACGCUCCGGCUUACGGACGCGGGGGUUACCAGGUGCAAGCCUACGGAACACCCCCACCUCAAGGUUAUGCACCCUACGGAUACGCAGACCCACAGCAGCAGGCUCAACAACACCAAGGCCAACACCCGCAGCAACAGCCCCCGCAACAGCCACCAUACUAAAAGGCUAGUAUAUGGGACAUGUGCAGCAUAAGCAAAGUAAAAUCUAAGGGGGAUGCUACUUUGGAUUAAAUGGGAAAGGGGUUAUGCGUUAUAUCAUAUCCAAUCCUCCACCACUUCACGUCACUUCCACAUCUAGGGCGAUAGCCUAGCCUUCUUAUCUCUUUUGUAUGUAACCCUUCUGGCUCCCAAAGACCA